UCUGUACGUGGGUGGUUGGCUGCGUUGCUCCUCUACGUAGCUAGCUAUCAACAGUAUGGAGCUAUCUUUUCAAGCUAUGAAAACUGCAACUCAAGCAAGGGAAGCUGAUGAACUGAGAACAGAGACAAGAAAAAGAAAAUUGCUUGUUUUAAUUUAUCAUCAUUUAAUGGAGGAGGGAUAUUUAGAUGCUGCUAAUGCACUGGAACAAGAGACCAGUUUUGGACUGCGCCGGUUUGAAGUGUGUGACAAUGUUGACUUGGACACAAUUCUCAUGGAGUAUGAAAGCUUUUAUUUUGUUAAGUUUCAGAAAUACCCCAAGAUAACUAAGAAACUGCCAGAGCAAGGGGAGAAAAGAUUUGUUAGAAGCUGUGGUAAAAAGAGGACACCAUGCAUAACUCAAACACUGCCCAAAAUCACCUCUGUCCAGCGACCCCUUUCCAGGACCGGGAUUAAAAAGUUAGAAUGUCAAGCAGUAGCCAAGGACUCCACUAAAUCUGCCUGUGAGAACGGAGUCUCGUCUCUGGCAGAGAGCACAGAACUUCACUUAAAUGUGUCUUCCAUAAUCAGGAACGGAGGAGGUGAAGGGAUCCAGAUGAAAAAGGAUUCAAUUAAAGGAACUUUUAAUGAGAUGGCUGCAAACAACUGCAAUCUAGAACCCUCAGAGAGGCUGCUCAAACCCAUCAGUACCUUUUGUGGUACAAGCAAUGAGAUGAAAGAGCUAGCAGCUGUCAUUAGUAGGGAUAUCUAUUUACACAACCCCAACGUGUGCUGGGAUGACAUUAUAGGCCUGGAGGCAGCCAAGCGAUUACUCAAAGAGGCUGUCGUCUACCCCAUUAAGUACCCCCAACUGUUCACUGGUAUUCUCUCCCCAUGGAAGGGUCUGCUGCUCUACGGGCCUCCAGGUACAGGCAAAACAAUGUUGGCCAAAGCCGUAGCCACCGAGUGCAGCACCACGUUCUUUAACAUCUCUGCCUCCAGCAUUGUCAGCAAAUGGAGAGGAGACUCUGAGAAGCUGGUUCGGGUUCUGUUUGAACUGGCGAGGUACCAUGCCCCAUCCACCAUCUUUCUGGAUGAACUGGAAUCAGUGAUGGGCCAGAGAGGUGUUGGACAUGGAGGUGAGCAUGAAGGCAGCAGACGGAUGAAAACCGAGUUGCUGGUGCAGAUGGAUGGACUUGCACGCUCCAACGACCUGGUGUUUGUGCUGGCUGCCUCAAACCUACCCUGGGAGCUGGACUAUGCUAUGCUGCGGCGACUAGAGAAGAGGAUACUAGUGGGUCUUCCAUCUGGGCCAGCAAGGCAGGCCAUGAUCAACCAUUGGCUUCCUCCAGUCAGCAACACAGGAGGGGUGGAGCUUCGAACCCAGCUAGCAUAUGAUGUGCUGGCAGAGGAGACAGAGGGUUAUUCCGGCUCAGAUAUCAGACUUGUGUGUAAAGAGGCUGCAAUGAGGCCUGUCCGGAAGAUUUUUGACACCCUGGAAAAUGACAGUGAGGGUCACUGUGAUGUACCACAUAUUGAGCUAGAAAUGGUGACCACAGAGGAUUUCCUGGAGGUAAUCGCUCACACCAAACCGUCAGCCAGGAGCCUAUCUGACAGAUUCUCUGCCUGGGAGAGAGAGUACGAGUCUGUUUGAGGUGACAACCUAGAUGGUUCUCACGAUGAUAGUGGCAUUAUCAGUUGUUUUUUUUGUGAUUCAUCACAUCUGCCUACGUUUGCAAUUUGAUCAUAUGAUUACUAUAACAUAAAAUACAAAUACAGAGUUGGCCCACAAAUUUACAUAAAAAUCUCAAAAAUAAAAUGCUUUAUUUUAUCUUAUGUACUUUUAUUUAGGAAAGGUAGUUUUGCUUAACUUCUGUAUUUUAUGGGGGGUUUUUUUAUAUAAUGACUACAUGUACAGUUCCCCUGGUCUGGAGUGAAUAUUCAUUGCAUUCUAAAGCAUGGGAAAAUGGAUGUCUUUUUAGGUUGGGGAAACACUAGUUUUGCAUUUACAGCAAUGGCAAAUGUUCUUAUCUAGAACAACUUAUGUUUAUGAUUAU